AUGGGUUUUCCAUUCAGCGAGGAGAUGACUCCUCUGGGACAUCAAUGGCCCGAGGAAGAUUGGUCGGGUAUCGCAGACCUCAAAUUGCGCAGGAGGUUGCAAAACCGGUUGAAUCAGCGAGCGCGACGUAAGUCCUUGUGCGUGCAGAACACCCAUAAGCCCCGACCCCCACCUUUGAGGGAAGAAGAUCAUGAGGAAAGUACGGCUCUAGCUGCUCUGAGAAAAGUCGAAAACAUCCACGUUCUCCACCCGGACAUCAGUCACCCGGAGAGCGUGCUGCAGCACAUAGAAGCGGUGGCGCGCAAGCAGCAUCCGUCUGGAGACCCACGUUCCGACAUGUUGCUCCAUCUGAUACAGUUCAAUUUUACCAGAGGCCAACUCCAAACUAUGAGGAUCCUGGGUCUGACCUCAGAGCACAUGGACGAGGAUGCCAUCUCGUUCUUCAACUUACCGGGACCAUGGCCGCACGAGAUGGUACAAUCUCUCCCCGCCAGUCUCCAACCUACUCUAGUGCAGCGCACCGUAGUCCACCAUCCGUGGCUCGACCUGCUUCCCCUCCCCGCGAUGCGGGACAACCUGAUUCUAGCGGGAGAGUCAUAUGACGAAACUAAGCUUUGCCUUGACAUGAAGGGGCUUGGCAGCGUGCACGGCGAAUAUUCGGGGAUCAUCAUCUGGAGUGAUCCGUGGGAUCCAAGCGGGUGGGAGAUCACUGAGCCGUUUUCCCGCUCCUGGGAAUGGGUUCUCCGGGGCUGCUGGGAGAUCUUUCACUCGACCAACGCCUGGCGAGCGCGUCGCAAUGAGGAAGCGCUUUUUCCUGUCACAUAA